CAGCAAAAAGUUACAACCUCUGAGUCACAAUGAACGGGUCGGAAACAGUUCUCAGACGAUUUUUUUGCUCUCUACAAGCCUUUUUUAUUAUCUUAUCUCAUGUUGCACGUAUGUACUUUUUCGUCUUCAAAGUAAAAAAGAUGAACACUUUUUUUUCUGUUAAUCAGUGCAUAUUCUCUUCAAACUUAUUGUCAAACUACACUUUAGAUGGAAAUAGACCCUAGUUUAUAUUAGCAGGGUUUCUUGAAUAGUUGAUUGAAACUAAUUUCACAAACUAGGUGACAUUAAACGUUUGUAAUAGCUUCAAUUAUUUCAAGUCU